AUGUCGGCGAGACGGAGAGCUGUGGCGGCUCUACCGACCAUCGUUCGAGCGCUAAAGAAGGAGGUUCCGCCGAGGCACCACACGGCGCUUCCGUCGCUGAGGAGAGCUUUCUCUCUCUACGAUCAGAUCAAUCUCAUCGAUAAUGUCCCAGACGACCAGCUCCGCUUCCAAGAGUUUGACGACACAGGGUUCAAGGUAAAUGGAGUCAAGUAUGAGGGUAGCUUACUUUGUGUAGGAAAUUUGAUAAUGUCUUGGGCUCCCAAAAAAUUCGCAGAUAUCACUGAUGAAAGCUUAUCCAUUUUCAAGACAUUACACCCAGUACCAGAGAUUUUGAUUCUCGGAUGUGGAAGGUAUACACAACCCGUAAAACCUGAACUUCGUGACUUUGUUCGCUCCACGGGCAUGAAAUUAGAAGCAAUUGACUCAAGGAAUGCAGCCUCGACGUAUAACAUAUUGAAUGAAGAAGGAAGGAUAGUAGCAGCGGCUCUUAUUCCAUAUGGAGUCGAGUCUUGA